UCCGCCCCGCGCAGGCCCCGCCCCAGGCCCCGCCCCUGCCUCACGUCAACGCCCGAGGCCUGCGCAGGGGCCAAGGUGCCUCGCAAACAUGGUCGCCCCGGGAUUUGUGUUUGGGCUGGUGCUGCAGUUACUCCUGCUGGCCAACACCAGUGCAGGUAGUUUUCGCUUUGCUUCCUACAUCAAUGAUUACAUGGUGCUGCAGAAGGAGCCUUCAGGGGCAGUGAUCUGGGGCUAUGGAGUAUCCGGAGCAACAGUGACAGUGACUCUGUGCCAAGGUCAGACAGCCAUCAUGAAGAAAGUGACCAGUGUGCAAGUGCACUCUAAUAGUUGGACGGUGGUACUGGAUCCUAUGAGGCCUGGUGGACCUUAUGAACUGAUGGCACAACAGACUUUUGAGAGAAUGAACUUCACCCUGAGAGUUCAAAAUGUCUUAUUUGGAGAUGUCUGGCUUUGCAGUGGACAGAGUAACAUGCAGAUGACAGUUUCACAGAUAGUUAAUGCCACAAGCGAGCUGCUGAACACCGCAGCCUAUCAGUCGGUGCGCAUCCUCUCCGUGUCUCUCAGCCAGGCUGAGGAGGAGCUGGAGGACCUUCGUAAGGUCGACCUGCCGUGGUCUAAGCCCACCUCAGAAAACUUAGGCCAUGGAGAUUUCGAGUACAUGUCAGCCGUGUGCUGGCUCUUCGGGCGUCACCUGUACGACACUCUGCAGUAUCCCAUCGGGCUGAUCUCCUCCUCGUGGGGUGGGACACCCAUUGAAGCCUGGUCAUCUGGAAGGUCACUGAAAGCCUGCGGGGUCAGCAGUCAAGGGUUCCUUCCGUCUGAUUUUGUCACUGGUCCCAGUAAACAUUCUGUUCUCUGGAACGCCAUGAUCCAUCCACUCCAUAACAUGACUCUGAAAGGGGUGAUAUGGUACCAGGGGGAGUCCAAUGUCAAUUAUAACAGGGACUUGUACAAUUGUACGUUCCCUGCACUCGUUGAAGACUGGCGCCAAACCUUCCACCGUGGCUCCCAGGGGCAGACGGAGCGCUUCUUCCCGUUUGGAUUUGUCCAGUUAUCUUCCUAUUUGUCUGGUGCAACCUCUGAUGAUGGAUUUCCCCAGAUCCGUUGGCAUCAAACAGCAGACUUUGGCUCUGUCCCCAACGUAAUGAUGCCCAGAACUUUCAUGGCUGUAGCUAUGGAUCUCUGUGACAGGGAUUCGCCUUUUGGCAGCAUCCACCCUCGAGAUAAGCAGACUGUGGCCUACCGGCUGCACCUGGGGGCGCGAGCCGUGGCUUAUGGUGAGAAGGUGAUCUUUCAGGGACCGGUGCCUCAGAAUAUCGAACUCUUGGCCAGCCAGGGGCUGCUCAACCUCACGUAUUCCCAGGAAAUCCAGGUGCAGAGGCAGGACAACAAGACAUUUGAGAUCUCAUGUUGCAGUGACCAUUGGUGCAAGUGGCUUCCGGCUCCCACGGACACUUUCUCCACCUGGACCCUGGCCCUGAACAUCAAGUCUUGUCCUGGCACCGUGGCUGCUGUUCGCUAUGCCUGGACCACGUGGCCUUGUGAAUAUAAACAGUGUCCCCUGUACCACCCCACCAGUGCCCUGCCGGCCCCUCCCUUCACUGCUGUUGUCACAGACCGGGCUUCUGGGUCUAACAGCAAGGCUGCUAAGUGAGUUAGUUGUAAUAUGAUGACAUCUUAGAUGUAAGUGUGGCCCCUUUAGAUUUGGGACUUAGGAGUUUAAAUGACAACUAUUGCUUUUAAAGGAGGCUAAUGGAAUUGCCUCACUGGGAGCGCCCGGCUAGCACGUGGCUGUUUCCAUAUUCUGAGAUGCCAGGGCCGGUAGGCAAAUGAGAUCCUUGCCUUUUGUCCCCUGGCUAGGCAGGUAUCUGAGUUAGAGUAAUUCUCAACCACACACAGCUUGAACCUCUGUGUCAGUCACUUCCCUCCUUACCAGGAGUGAACGAUCUGAACACGCCUAUCCCCUUACGUCCAGACUGUGGAAACUCAGGGCUGGAAGAGAUUUCAAGGCCAGCUCGCAUCUAUGUGUUUUUUUUUUUUACAAACUCUGACACGUGGUUAUCAAAUCUCUAUAAAGUUUCCGUUCUAAACUUCCCAACAGUUUUUCUUUAUGUGGAACUGAAGUCGUUCUUCCACUGGGCAAGUCUUUCAGAGAACUGAAGACAGUCCUAUUUUGUUCUGAGCCAGAAAUCAUUCUAUUCCUUCAGUCUAAAUAACGAUCAUGUGAAUGUUUAAAACAAAGAAACCAGAACUACACACAGGCAUUUGGGGAGGUGCUAAGGGACCGACUCGAGGAGGGAAAAGGGCGAGGUGGUGGCAGCCUGGGGGGUGAGAGCUGCGUGACCAAAGCAGUCACUGAGAAGCAAAUACAGAUACCAGACUCUUCAAAGGUAAGAGGUUUAACUAUAAACAGGAUAAUCCAGAUGGAGGAACAAAGUGAGGCUGAAAGUAAAGCUACACGAUGGUAUUUAGAAAACCACCCAGAGGGACAGAUGUGAAAGAGGGCUUUUGUGCCUCCUCCUAGUAAUGCUGUUUAUAGGUUGAUUAAAAGCAGUUAACAGCGCUUGCUAGCUGUCUGUGUAAGAAUCUGGAAAUAAAAGUGCAAUUUUUCUCUCCGGUCA